AUGUCGCUUUCGAAGUGGAGCAUCGACUUCAGGUCUGGUCAAGAGCUUGCAAUUGCUCCAGUUUGGGUAAGUUUCCCAGGUCUGCCUAUCCCCUUUUUCCAAAGGAAUCAGUUGAUGCAGUUAGCCUCAACGUUGGGGCAUCCCCUCAAGCUGGAUGCGGCAACCGGUGAUCUUCGCCGGCCCUCUGUUGCGCGAGUGUUGGUAGAGGUAGAUAUCUCUAUGCCCCUUGCCAAACGCGUAUGGAUAGGGGAUGAGGAAUAUGGAUUUUGGCAGCCGGUGGACUUUGAAAACAUCCCUCCUUAUUGCUCUUUCUGUUCCAAAUUCGGUCAUCAGCAGGAGAGUUGCUAUCGGAGGGAUCCUUCCCUGCAGCCUGUGAAGGUGGGGCGGAAUUCCUCGAAACUUCAAGAGGCUACUGCGCCUGUCACGAGUUUGGACAAGGGUAAAGCUAAGGAGGGGGAGUUGCGGUCUACGCCUGGAAUGACAACAGCGACGUCAGGUAUCGCUGGGGCAGAGACUGCUGUGCUGUCGGCACCAGUCCAGAAGCAGUUGUUGCUCCAGGGACAUGGGGUGGCAACUUCCUGCGCGAUGACUUCCAGGGAGGUGGCGGCAAUGAAGGUGCUGGUGGCAGCAGUGCCUGGGCAGCAGGUUGGGGAGGCCGAAGUGGAGGUUGGUACUGCCUCUGACCCUUUGGAGGAUUUGGAGGAUGAGGGGAUGGAGCAGGAGAUGGGGCAUGCGGCCGCCGUUGUGGAUAGUGCGCAUCAAGAUGUCAGUUGCGGAGGAGUGCAGGACGUGGGGCUGCAGCAGGAGCAGCAGGGUGAUGUAGAAUUGGGUGGUAGGUUGGAGAUUAUCUUCCCGCGUGCUAUUGUCGCUGAUGUGCGAGGGGAUGGUGUGGAGAGGAGCAAACCAGAUGGUGUUGAGGCACGGUCUAUUGCACUUGUGGGAGCUCAGAGGGUGGAGUCCAGCAGUGACGAGGAGGCCCUUUCAGUGGGUUCCCUAUCCCCACGAUUUGCUACGGAGCUGGUGCGAGUCCAGGAUGAAACUAUAGUGCCAACAGCUGGAGUUCUUGACAGUUCGGUGGCGGCUUUGAGGAACAAACAAAAAGGCUUGGUGGUUGGAGAGAACCCCCAGCAUGUGUCAGUGCGACUUUCUCACGAUCAUGUGCCAAGCUCCCACCUUGUUGUCUCCUUUGUGCAUGCGCGGUGUACUCCUGUGGAGAGGUGUGAGCUAUGGGAGGGUUUAAUGUGGGAUAACCCAGGUUCCGCUGCAUGGCUUGUGGGUGGGGAUUUCAAUGUAAUUUUAGAUGCUGAGGAGAAGAAAGGGGGUCGGGCUUUUAAUCCUGGUGAAGCUAUGGAGUUCAGACAGUUUAUCAAUGAGGCAAAUCUCACGGAUGUCGGUUUUUCUGGGGCUCGGUUUACCUGGUGUAACAAUAGACAUGGCAGGGCAAGAAUUUGGAAAAGAUUGGAUCGGAUUUUGGUGAAUGAGGGUUAUAUUGACACGGGAAUGUCAUUGGCGGUGUCGCACUUAGCCCGGGAGUCAUCAGACCAUGCUCCGCUCCUUCUUUCAGUAUCAACCAGACUGGACACUAAACCGCGGUCGUUCAUGUUCCUUAAUGUCUGGACGAGGCACGAGGACUUCUUGCCUAUGGUUCAGGAUUCUUGGGGGCAGCCGUGCGCUGGCUCCCCUUUGCAAGUUUUCUGUUGCAAAUUAAAACAGCUGAGGGGUACUAUACGGGAUUGGAGUAGGAGGGUUUUUGGGGAUAUCUUUCAGACAGUUAGGCAAAAGGAAGAGGAGGUGCGGCUGGUGGAGGUCCGUGUAGAAAGCGAUGAUUCAGAUGCUGCUAGGGUGCAUUUACAUCUUGCCAAAGGUCAGUUGCGGGCGGCCUUGAGAGUGGAGGAGUUGUUUUGGAAGCAGAAGGCUCGGGUUAGGUGGCUUCAGGAGGGAGACCGAAAUACAAGGUUCUUUCAUUCUGUCGUCAAAAAUAGAAGGCAUAUUCCAACAAUUUUGACUGAUGAGGAGAAUGAUUUGCUGGAGCAGUUUCUCUCUGAGGUGGAGAUUCGAAGUGCGGUGUUCGCGAUGGAUGGGGAGAGUGCACCGGGGCCGGAUGGAUAUACGGGUAAAUUCUUUACGGUAGCAUGGUCAGUUGUCGGUGCGGAUGUGGUUAGCGCAGUGUGUAGUUUUUUCUGCGGGGCUGAGUUGCCUCGUGCUGUUACAGCGACCUCCAUUGCACUCAUUCCUAAGGUUGGGCACCCACAGGAUUUUUCACAAUUCCGGCCGAUUAGCUUGUGUAACUUUGUUAACAAGUUAAUUUCGCGAGUUUUGGCGGAUCGCUUGGCCCAAGUCCUUCCAAGGAUCAUAUCCCCACAGCAGAGUGGAUUUGUUCGGGGGCGGCUUAUAUCGGAUAAUUUCUUGCUUGCACAAGAGUUGCUCUCUAAUAUGGGGAGGACCUCCAGAAAUGCCGAUGUUGCUCUGAAAUUAGAUAUGUCAAAGGCUUAUGACCGUGUUUCCUGGAUUUUUUUGACAAUGGUUUUGAGAAGAUUUGGAUUUAGGGAGCAAUGGAUUGAUAGGAUUUGGAGAUUGGUCUUGAAUGUAUGGUUUUCGGUUCUAAUCAACGGGGCCAGUGUGGGUUUCUUUAAGUCUAUGCGAGGGCUUCGUCAAGGGGACCCAUUAUCCCCAGGAUUGUUUAUUAUUGGUGCGGAGGUGCUGUCCCGUUCUUUAAACAAGUUAGUGGAGCAUCGAGAGUUCAAGUGCUUUUCAGUUCCGCGGGGCUGUCCUAAGAUCACUCAUCUCAGUUACGCAGAUGACGUCCUGGUUUUUUCGGGUGCUUCAUCCUCUUCGCUGAGAUGUGUUAUGCAGACAAUUGAGAACUAUGAAGCAGUUUCGGGACAGGAGAUUAAUGUUCAGAAGUGCGGGUUCAUGGUGCAUGCUAAACUGCCUAGUCAAUGUGUGGCAAGGGUUCGACGGGUAACUGGGUUUGGUCUUAAGUCGUUUCCCGUGCGUUACUUGGGAUGUCCGCUUUUUGUGAGGCGCCGGAAGUGCCUAUAUUUCAUGGAGUUGGUACAGUCAGUCAUUUCUAAAGUUUCAUCAUGGAGGUCCAGAUUUUUAUCCAAUUGGGGUCGGAUUGUACUUAUCAAACACGUACUGUCAGCAAUCCCAACUCAUUUAUUGGCAGCUUCAUGUCCUCCGAAGGGAGUCCUAGCCUUAGUUGAACGGGCUAUGGCAAAUUUUCUCUGGGGGGAGCGGGAAGGUGGCCUCCGACGUCAUUGGAUCAAGUGGGCAGACCUGUGUGCCGACUCGUCUCAGGGGAGGGUUGGUGUUCGGUCGUUAUUGGAUGUUCAUAUAGCAUUCUCGCUCAAAUUGUAG